AAAAUAAAGAGGCAGAUACAGGGACAUUCCCGCUUCACCAAAUUCCAACUUGGCAAGGAAAGCACAAAGUCAGAAAGGGCGAAAACGAAAAGAAAUUCUAUCAUCCUAUUAAAUUAACAUCAAAAUGGCGGGAAACGAUGUCAACCUAGUCGAUUACAAUACAACCGCAUCCUUUUGGUCCUUCUUGAUCUAUUGUCUAGUUGUUAUCUUUGUUGCUGUCUUCUUUCUAUUCUAUGCGAGCCGUAUCUUUGCACAAUUGCUGUCCAAAUUGAUACGCUGGUUUACUUGGAGGCACAUGAAGGCGUACAUUGAAUUUGAGUCAUUACAGAUUGCACCACUUGGAGGGCGGAUUCUUUUCAAAAACUUCCGUUAUCACUCUAGAAAUCAGUCUAUCACUGUGCUUCAUGGGUUUAUCUCGUUUCGAUAUUGGCUGUGGAACGUGAGGACCGAAAAUGACCCUAUCCCAGAGGAUUCUACAGGAUCAAAAGAGACCAGGACGGGUAUGACUGACAAGGACAACUGUAGGAUUAAUUGUCAUCUUAUUGGACUAGAGUGGUUUAUGUACAAUCGCACACCAGCAUAUGAUGUGCUUGCAGCAACAUUGGGCUUAAAUCCAGACGCGACACCCAUAGAUACCUCAGCUAAUGCUACCAACCCAAGCGUAUCUGUCAAUAUGCAUGAAACAUCGUCACAGGACGAUGGUUCAACAGACAGUUGGUUCCGGCGUUGUUUGCCUGUCAAGAUCGCAUGCGAAACAGGUGCUAUUAUUAUGGGAAAUGCCCAUCUACCUUCCCUUCUUGUCGCAUCAUUUCCGUCAGCACAUGGGAUGUACUCGGCUGCCAAGGCUCGCUCCGCUCUAGAUAAAUAUAAAACAGUGCUGCUUGUUACUUUUGAGACUCCUUCAAUUGAUCUCAAGCCAAAUGCCGACUACAAUACAACCAUUUCUGGAAGAAAUAUGGAGAACAAUGCUCCAGGCAUUUCACAGCUGCCCUCGAGCCGGCCAUCGUGGGUUCAGAAAAUAAUACGGCAAUUAAAAGCAGUAUGGACAUCUUAUUUUGGGGUAUCAAAGGAGGUGGCAGAGGAGUGGCAUGGCUUACCACGGUACAACCAAAAUUUUUCUCGUGACGAGCUGAAGCAAAAUAAAUUCAAUGAGUAUGCCAUGGUUCGUAACGUUCUUCAGUGCAACGAACUCGGCCUACGAUAUUACACGGAUGUAGCAGGCAAGGUCCCAGAACCAUCAUCACAUGGCGUAGAAGUAGAUUACGAUUUACCACCAGAAUGGGGCAUGGAGCUUAUCAUUGACGAGGCAGUCAUCUCGUACGGUCCUUGGGCUGAUCGACAGCGUUCGGAGAUCCAGAAUUUUUUCUUUCCUAAUGCAUACCGAACCUUAGAUCCUUCUCCAAAGGCGCUGCCAGGGCAAGACCGUAUCCAUGCUGCACUACAGAUCAUGGUGACAUUUAGCACUUCUGUUAUUAUUAAAGUUCCCACGCAAGAGAAAUCCAAGGAUUGGAAAUAUAAUGACCCAGAGUUCCAAAUUGUACAAGGGGGAAAGUCAAUGAGGCCCUUUGGAUGGUUGGAAUUGAAAGCGGAUAAUGGGUCCAUGAUUUCAGUUGAUAUCCCCAUGAUCUAUGGGGCCGAUGGUUAUAAAAAUGUUGUUUUAGUUGAACUUCAAAAAUUGACUGUUACUUCCAGCGUGAAUUAUGCGCCUGUUAUCGAUCUUAAGGAACUAAAGGUGGCAUGUCAACUCCAGAACCCAUUAGUUUGGAAUGCACAAAGAGACUGGGACUUUGAACUCACAUUGGAUAGCGCUAAAAUAUUUCUUCUUCGGGAUCAUAUCACGCUGAUUCAGGAUCUAAGCAAAGACUGGACAUCAGGGCCAUCUGUCGAUAUGGCUCAUUUUGUUCCAUUCAAAUAUGUGUUUGACAUCAAACUGCCAAACUUUCAGCUGUACACCUAUGUGAACGAGCACAACAUCAUUAACGAGCCUACUGAAAUUGAUGAUAACGCCUUCAUUAUCGCGUCUGGACAGGCAUUGGAUUGCAAGGUCGUUCUGCCGUUUGUCCAAUAUAAUCCUGAAAUCACAGCAAUUGCAUUCGAGGUGGAGAUCCGCAACGGAGGAUUAGAGAUCAAACUUCCUCAAUCUCAUACUCUGGGCGUAUUUUCCACUCCAGAGUCCAGAAACUUUGCGACUAUUCCAUCUGUCGCCAUCAAAGGUACAUACGAGUACUAUGAUUUCGUCGAUCUUGCUCAUCUGGAAUCCCUCAAUCUGGAAGUCAAGGGCCAUGGAGUAACGAUUAAGUUGUUUGGCAACGUGAUCCGCUAUGUCUUGAUUUUAAUGGACAACUAUGCUGGGUUAUACAUCAAUUUUGUUACGAUGGAGGAAUACCGCAACAAACGAAACAAUGCUGUGGGGACUGAGAUGGAUGAGCGCAAGCAGGCAAGCGCUAAGCCCCCUAGUGACCCAUUUGAAGUUUAUGUUCACUUUGUCACCACGGACACGACACUAGUCCUUCCAGAGAACCUGUACAGCUCGGAUACUUACUCUGAAAUAACAUGCGCAGAACUGCAACUGGAUAUGAGGAACUUGGAUGUUUAUAUGGACAUGCAUGUGAGUGUCAGCCCAUUGACGUGGAGUAGGAAAGUCAAAGAUGUCGGUAUUCCUACUGGGAAGCCUGCACGAGGCGGGGAUCUGAAUUAUCUAUUUGUUGAUGGUAUUUCGGUCUAUGCUCACCGACUAUUCGGCCCAUUACCUAAGACUACAACAUACGUAGCUAAUUGGAAACUGGACAUUGGAACAAUUUAUGGUCAAAUCAAACCAUCUUUUCUAUUGGGUGUGUCAUCGUUCGCCAAAGCAUUCGCUUAUAAUCUGAAGGAUGGCGAUAACGCUUUUCCACCAGAAUAUGCGACUGUGAUACCUCCCGAUAUCACAUUUGUCGAUUUGAGUGUGAAAGAGGUAGAUGUCUCCAUCUGGGGCGGAGACGUCGUAAGUCAAGUCCUUUUGAAGGAUGGAAUUAUCGUGCACUUUGACGAUGUCAUCAAUGAAAGAUAUCUAGGCCGCGUGGUUCUUAAGAUGCAAUCAUUGCUCAUCCGUUCGAUGGCUUUAACAGAAGCCAACAAGGUUGAGCAAAUGGGCGACACAGAGCCAUUUUACAAUGAUCAAGCCCCUUGGGUGGAAAUCGCUAGUUUGAAUUGUGCAUUUGAUGUUACAGUGUACAUUGGCUCAGGUGACUGGAAAGAAAGGCGUGAGAAGCAACAGGCCUUUGUGCAGGAGCAAGAUCGGGAGACAUUACGCUGCCCCUAUAUCUAUACCAGAAAAGGCUAUGCACCACCUGUUCCGAACCCCAAUCUCAAAGGCAAUCACUUCGGAACGAUCUACGUUCCGCCACUUACUUCAGACCCAACCGCGAUGAGAGGGGAGAUCGCUAGCAGUAAUGGAUCAAUAGAAUUUUCGAAUGAAAAUGGAUCCAUGAUCGAGUAUGCAUCGAGUAUAGGCUCACAAGAGCGGAGUCGACAACAAUCCAUUCGGAGAGCCACCUCCUCCUCAUUCUCAAUUGGCACAUCGGUCGAAAGCGACGAAGAGAGUGAGACAAGUUCUCAGGAUUCGAAUAUUGACAGCUGGCUUGAUAUCGAUUCAGAUGACCUGGAAAUUCAUUAUUCCAGUGAUGAAGAGAGUGCUGACCAUGAAUAUGAGUACCCAAAGAUACCUCAAGAUCCCGAAGAGCCUGAGUACCAGAAUCAGCCUGCUGCUCCUGCAAGAUCUAUCCCAUACAGUACCUACCUCAAAAGGUAUGCUGUCUCAAGUACACGAUUUGCCAAUUAUCGUAAUCCAUAUCUUCCGCCUCCCAGAGUGAUGUUUUCUCAAGCACAAAUGGGCGAAAUUUUAGAAGACAUUCCCCGACACCAUCCACGUGCCAAUUUUGACGAGAUAUUUGGGACCAAAGAUAUGCAUGAGUGUGGAAUUUCAUCCGCCCAGCCAAAGGGUAGUGCCAAUUCGGAUGAAAGACGCACAACUAUUAUCAUUGAAGCCACGCAGGAUGUCAAAAUAUUACUCACACCAAUUCUUCUCAAGAUUAUUCAAGAAUUCCUGGAGGCUAUCAAUGCUGAGGAAUGGGACUUGGAAACGAUGCUUGAUGUCACUCAAAUGGAAUAUGUAGAACUCUUAGCUCGCAUGCUGCCGAGUAAGCUACACUCUCAGCAAUUUGUUAUCAGCAUACCUCGCAUACAUUUACGAUUCAUUCAGGAUGUGAUGAUGCCUGAUGCGAUCCAUAUCAGUGAUGAUAUCAGCAUGAUCAAAACACGGUACGAGCUCUCUGGUGCAAAUCUCUGUGCCAUAGAUAUUGUACUGGAUGAUGCUGCAAUUAUUGCAGCCGUGAAAUAUGAAGAUGAAGAAUUUGAAAAGUUUGUUCCAGGGAAGAUACAUAUAGCCUCGUUUAAAGUAGUGGAGUCGAGAGCCAACGUUGAUUUUUCAAAAUUCAAGCUGAAUGCAAGAUUUGUCUCUGCAUCCACUGUCCGAAUCUUUGGUAUUCCAGACGCUCGCCACCAAUUCUCACGCCUUGGUAUUAAUCAUCUUUCGUACCUGAAGGAGCCGGUCAUUGCCGAUAUAUCAUUUGAGCAGUUCAAGUUGCGAUUAGUCCGUUCAUCAAACCCCAACUAUCUUUAUGCAAAUCUGGAGAAGCUCUCUGUACUAUUCAUCAAUCAGUCCGCAGAGAUUGUUGCUGGAUCGAUAUGCUCUUGGCUUACAUUUAUGAAAGACCUUAAGACAAUUCUUAAUCGGUUCCAACUCCGUCGGUCUAAGCAGCUUCAAACACUUUUCUCUGAAAUCGCUCGGUUUUCAGCGCAAAAGGAAGUCAACACAGAUCCUGUCUUCUUGACACGACCGUCUACAACAUUGCGAAUUGGGACUUUCCAUCACCGUGAGGAUGAUGGUUGGAAGUUAUUGGCUCAUAUUAGACACUGUAUGCGCUUAAUGCCAUCUGAGAUCGCGCAAACCUUGCAAGACGCAUUGAAGAAGCCUGAACUCGAAUCAUUUAGCACCGACACAAUGUAUGAUAUUGUCAUUGCCGUAUUCUCCAACUGGAGAAGCUGGGAGAUGGAUGAUCUUCGGAAAUGUCGUCUGUUUUCAGAUGUUUUUGAGAGGAAGCGCCUAACAGAGCCAGAUGGCACAUCCAUGCCUAAGGAAUCAUGGGUAUAUGAGAUGCUUAGAUACUCUGCCAACUCAAUCCAGCUUAAUCUGGGUGAAAUUGAAGCAGCAAUAUACGAUGAACAAAUGGAGAACAGGAUGCAAAUCGCUGGCCUAGAAUUCAACUUUGAGUCGAGAUACAAACCGGACGUUCUGUCCCAAUCUGAACUGUACCCAGGAGCCUCUAUCACGGAGACCAAUAGACUCACCACCGGUUUUUUGGAUAUCGCUGUCAAGACAGGUUUCAAGAAUGCAGAGAUCGAUGUGAAUCCUGUGGUUAUUGCCUUCACAAGACAUAUUCUAAGGAUUGAGCGCAUCUUUAGGCCCCAGUUUAAUAAGAUUCUCGAGUCGAGUGCCGACAAGCGUCCGGCGGAAGCACGGAAAUCCAUGGAACAUCCUUCAUCACCACGCCAAUCUUUACAAUUGAAUCGAGAAACGACUAUGGUACCUGCUGUAGAAAAUGGCCCAACCCUUAUGGAAAUAUUGGAUCGGUUUGACGUUGUUUUUAAUGGUAUGGCAGUCAUUGAGACCAUACGCAUCACCCUAACGGCACAUAAUCUAUCUGCCCAAGUGAUCUUCUCACAGAUUCAAGUAUCUGCUCUGAACUUCGCUAAACAAAGAACAUUCCCAAAGCAAGAUAUUGAAGGUAUUUCAGUGGCAAAAAGCUCAGGAUCCAACCCAGACGGACCGUCUGCAGGCAGGUCUGGGUUUAAUAAGCUUAUUGCUUCUUUGGCCACAAACAUCAGCAGUAUCAAUUCGUCACUUAAAGAGCGCGUCUAUUCCAAAGACAGUACCUCCAUUGCACCAAGUAAAGAGCUGCUGACUUUUGGCAUCGUUGGAAUCAAUUCUGAGGCGACAUUGAGUCAGCUUACUCCCGCAAGACGACCGAAACAGACAAAGGCCAGCGUACCGCGAGAAGUCAUCAAUCUUUUAGUAACAUUUAAACAAGUUAACGUUGCUUUACCUCGAAGCAUUCUGACGCUGUAUAUGUUUGCAAAGGAUUGGCGCGAGGAAAACAUGAAGAGUUUCGAUUUCCUAUUCCAAGGCGUCAUGGAUGAAUGGGAGGCCGAUCGGAAGCAACAACCUAAGGUCGUGACCCCUUCAAUUCCUCGUGAGCUCAAGGUCCAGAUCGUUCUCAAGGCACUGACCCUCGAAUUACACAUGUUGCCGUCUUUGUUAUUCCAAUAUGAGGCCGGCGACCUAAUGAUCAUGCUCCAUGAUGUACCACCUGGAUUACCAUUCUCUGUUCCUCAACUUACAUAUACAGCCCAGCUUUUACGUCAAUCUGUUGAUUUUAUUGCAAAUCAACCAAAGACCAAGAACAGCAGCAAAUCAAGACUUCAAGAAGAUAAGCACGCUGCUAACUUCUCAUUACCAGUGAUUCGAGCUUCUGGAAGUGUCAUGAAUGUCAUCGACUCGGCCUCUCCUGCACGUACCAGGCGAUCAUCUAUUGGUGCGCUUGCGCGCGGCGCACGAUAUCCUAAAAAGCUAGAGUCAUCUGUCUCUUUUGACUUUGUGGAAAUGACACUGAAUGUCAAUAUGCUUGAUCAUAUGUUAACAGCUCAGUCGCUCCUUGGUGCGGAAGUGAACGAUCUGGUGGACAUUUUUGCCAAAGACUCUAAAGCUGCUCCCGCGACUACGACACCAGCAGCACCGGUGAUAACACACGCAGAGCAGACGGAUCCAGGCUUGCUAUAUUCCGUUAAAGUUUCAUUAGUAGGAUUGAGUAUUGCAGCCGUCAGCCCUUCCGCCAUUCUGUAUUUCGAGUCAGAUUCACUCAAAGGCAUUAUCACUAAUAAUCCCAACCCCGUGCCAGUUGCCUCUUUCAAGGCUGAGAUGGCCAAGAACAAGCUUGCAUGGCGCCUGUAUGCUCAGAGUAUAACUCUUUCUUUGAGUCAUCACGUUGGAAACAUCCGCAUGGGGACUCGGGCCGAAGAUAUUCAAGCACGAAAGCUCCGUCAGGCAUAUAUCACUAUCAACUUGAACAUUCAGAAUUUUAGCCCUAAUGUCUCAGACAAAGAUCGGUUCGCCCAGACCUCUGUUAGUUCGUUUUAUGUAAGCUUUUUGAAGAUUCAUGCACUGAUGCAGCCCCAGUCCGUCAGCAGGAUUAUUGGGCUCUAUUCGUACUAUACCCAUGAGCUCGAGCGACGCAAAGAGUUGAGAGCAGCUGAUAUGGCCAAGCUGGCGGAUAACACCAAAAGAAUUAUGAAGUCUCUUGACGUUGAUGUGCCAGCUUACAAGGACAAUACACGUUCGAUGCUGGAGUUGACGGAGAUUUUCUUAAAGAUUGAUGAUGUAGCUGUUGCGAUUCCGCUCGAUAGACGCGAGGAUAUUAUGGAUAGAAGUGAAAGGCUUGUUGAGGCAUUUUUAGUCUCUGCGACAUCUAUCGCUAUGUUGACCAAGAGUGGCGAGACUUCUUCUGGAACAUUGAGUCAUCUUUGUGCCCAGUUCGUACCCAGAUUCGAUCAGAGCAAGGAUGAUCAUUUCAGAUCAAAGAGUCACCCCAAGAUGAAUCGAUUACUGUUCCCAAAUAUCUCUUGUCAGGUUGAGGCGAACAAAGAGUCAGCAAGACAUCAAAAGAUUUCAUCCAAAGCAACUGUCUCAGGAUUUGAGCUGGAUAUUGAUCCCAAUAUUGUACGGUACAUCAACACUAUAAGUGAUGUCUACGACAAUAGCAAAGUUCUUGUCACGUCUUUAGCUGUUGACCAGGCUACAUCAACCCCGCUUUCAUCAAGGGCAGAUGGACUUCCACCCUCUUCAGGUUCCUCAUCUACACCAAAAAAUGAAAUCCUAUCUGCGUCAACUCAAUCCUCCGGCACCGUCAUCUGGAAGAUCGAGAACACAUUCGAGUGUAGUAAAAGCGUCUGUAGAUUUUACCCGAAAAGCUACAUCUCAAAGAUGCCCAAGGCUUCCAAAUUCAUGGAAUCUGAGGCUAAUUUUGCGCAAGUAGGGGCAGAAGUCUCUGGUGUAGACCGCUUCAUCAUUCCUGGCCUAUCACUUUGGACGAGCCUUCGUAUCCCCUUAGGUGAUAAUGUGACAGAGCUAGAAGCAGUGGGGCCGCCAAGGAUUCAUGCAGAGGUGAACAUCCACUCAUGCGAGAACACAUUCUAUCCAUCCUUGGUUCCGUUUUUCCAAGACAUUGUGUCUGGCCUCAAAAUCGGGAUUAGGAGACAGCGUCAGUAUUCGGAGCCCGAAGUAGUUAUCCCUAUUGCAGCCUCUGCCACUACAUCAGUGGUUGGAGAGAUAGAGGACAAGUUAGCACUUGCUCCGGUCGCCUUGCCAAUUGAGCAAGUAGAUACCCCAAGUGGCCCCGCUGUUGUUCAACAGGUGGCAACCAAGAGACAUGAACUAGUUGUGACCUGCUACUUGUUCCUUGAAAGGACAAAGAUUGAAUUUAAUUGUCAGCCAAUGGCCAAGGUCAUGUCAGUCUUGACUUUUGAGCAAGGCAAUAUUUUGAUGAGUUACAAUUCUGACAAGGUUGGUAACACAUCGACCACUAUAGCCGGAACAUUUGGUGGCGCGUCUUCGGAUACACACCAUAUCUUCUCGCAGGAUAAAGGCUUCAAGGUCGGGACUAAAGGAAUGAUUUUCAAUGCGGUUGCGGAAACCCGAAGGCAAGCCCCAGUCAGCAAGAAGACUUUAUCUGUCACUGUUGAUUUUAGGCAAAUUUUGACUGAGUUUGAUCUGCGGCAAGCAGAGAUCCUUGUACUGAUGAAGAUGAUAUGGAUGGACCAGGCAAACUAUUUGAUCCGUGAUGGAUUGACUGUCAGCCGAUCUGCCUCUAGUACACAGGGGUUUGAAGCCGCAUUAGGUGCAUCACAACCACCCCAAAGCCAUGGUAGUCAUAAUGAAACUGCAGGUACUCCUGGAUCAGGCGCUAUUCCAUUUAGUGGAAAACGGGAAUCGAGCUUCCUUGGUUACAAUGUUUUUGUAGCAAUGCGACUGCAGCAAAUGCGGAUCACAGGGGACCUUGGAUCGCAGAUCGGCAAGAUGGAUUUCAAGCUGGACGAGGCUCGGCUCCGAACGAAACUGCGACCUUUCCAUCCACGAGCAGCCUCCAUCUCAACAGGGCCGCUCGAUAUCCAAUUCUUACCUAUAGGGCGUGGGUGGCUUGAGGGAUACCUUGUGAUGGAAGGUAUCACCAUCGAAACAUUAUCAAAGGUCCACCGGUAUCCAAUUUUCCCAUGCUCAAUCAUGGAGAUCGUCUUGGAAACGAAACGGAUGACCUCUAUGCUCUCCUACGACAACAAAAGGUUUUUAAUGAUGGCAGUUGAGCCUGCUAGGCUAGUGAUGCAGGAUCAUUGGAACGGCUCUGACCUCGAUAGAGAUGUCUCGCAGGCUAUCAUUGCACAUUUCCAGGGGCUUCGGCUAUUGACGGGAGCCAAGACUGUGUCUGUGUUCAAGACUGUGAUGUCCCGAUUGGAAAGCACAAUGAACCAAAAAGUUACAGCUGCCAAGGAAGAGCUCAAAAAACCUCCACCAUCCGUAUCUACUCCUCAGCCAAGUAGCACUACUGAACUUCACCCAUCCACUAGUUCUGGCCAUCAUCUCAAGGACCAAAUACUAGCAUCAUGGAACGCUGUUGGUUUAAUUCAAAUUUCUGUCGGUGACUUGAAUAUGUCUUUCUUCCCUUACUUGCUAUCGGAUAAGGAGUGUACGCAUGCCAGUAUCCAGGGCGUGAAGUUAAGGCUAGACCGGUAUCUGACCUAUUCAGAAGUAGAGAAGCCAAUCAUCCAUCGAUUGACGACUAUUAAUCUGGGCGUUCUGGCCCUCCACAGAUACACAAUCCAGAUGCUGGAUCAGAAAACCGCCAAUUCAUUCACAUUGGAGCAGUGGUUCGACCGUAUGCGUAAUCCAAACUCAACCACGAUUGCAAAGCUUCCAACGACCAGUCAAAUCAUGGAAUCAUGGCAGGCUCUUCAUAGUCAUGUCGUUGAACAUAUCUGCAAGACUCAGUUUUCAGGAUUAAUUGACAUCGCCACAGAUUAUCGAUUGUUCAGAGGCGUCGAAAAGAACGUGGAGAGAUUCUUGGAAGAACUGAGGUUUCGAACUUACCCAGUCAAUAUUCCUGAUACUAAUGCGGCUGCCAAGGACAAGAGCACAGAUGUGGAUACCAACCAGACCUCGAGCAAUGCAACAACUUCAGCUGAACUCCUGGCUACAGCAUCAUCACGCUCUGGCCCGGACAUUGCAGGGAUUAAUGAAGAUAUGCCACUUUCUUCUAUUUCUCAUGAACUGUCCAGCUUGAAAAAUGAGCUGGCAACAGGCACAGCUGCCUUAACAGAAACUGUUGUUCUUGAGAGCAGCCCUGCUGAUGCAUCAAUGACGGCUGCAGUACCAUCCUAUUCACACGAUAACUCAAAAGAUUCUAAGGUCUCGACCGGAUUCACCGCGGCCAGGGUAGCGGAGCAGGAAGAACCACAGGUGCAGCUGAUGCAACAGCAGGAACAAUGGCAGCAGCAGCAGCAAUUAACGUUCCAAGCACGUGAGCAAAUUGUGUUCAAGCCAGCUCUGGAUGUGUUGCCCAACACCCCAUUGCCGCUUGGUCACUUGGGGUUUAAGAAGGAAGACAUUCCGCCUAUCGUGCAUUCACUGACCACAGCACUGGAGACAGGGCUCUUAACAGUAGCGGAAUUCCAUGCCAAGAAGAUUGAGAUGUUAGGACUUCAUGAUUUGUGGGAAGGUCGAGUGACUAUGGAUGAUGUUGAUAAUUAGAACGCU